GUGAGAGGUGUAUUAGCCACUUAUCGUUUUUUGGUCUUAGCUAGCUACUCAUUCCUGCUUUUCGACAUUUUGCGUUAAAUACUGUUUAGUUCUUCAGUCGAACUAUCUAAUGAUGACGGGCUCAAACGAGUUCAAACUGAACCAAGGUCCAGAUGAUGCUAUAUCUGCAGUAAAGUUCAGCCCCAGUACAUCCCAGUUCCUGUUGGUUUCUUCCUGGGACUCAACUGUACGCCUCUAUGAUGUUGGUGGAAACUCCAUGAGAAUGAAGUAUCAACAUGUGGCACCUGUGCUUGAUUGCGCUUUUUACGAUCCUACUCAUGCUUGGAGUGGAGGGCUGGAUAAUCAGCUGAAAAUGCACGAUUUGAAUACAGAUCAAGACACAAUAGUUGGAACUCAUGACGCCCCCAUUCGAUGUGUCGAGUACUGCCCAGAGGUCAAUGUCAUGGUAACGGGUAGCUGGGACAUGUCUGUGCGGCUGUGGGAUCCUCGUACUCCUUGCAAUGCUGGCACUUUCACCCAACCUGAGAGGGUCUACACCCUCUCAGUGGCUGGGGAUCGUCUGAUUGUGGGCACAGCUGGGCGGAGGGUGCUCGUCUGGGACUUAAGGAACAUGGGAUAUGUUCAGCAGAGACGAGAGUCCAGCCUCAAAUACCAGACCCGCUGCAUACGGGCCUUCCCCAACAAACAGGGCUAUGUGCUAAGCUCCAUUGAGGGCAGGGUGGCAGUGGAAUACCUGGACCCAUGCUUGGAGGUGCAGAAGAAGAAAUAUGCCUUUAAAUGCCAUCGUCUAAAGGAGAACGGCAUAGAGCAGGUGUAUCCUGUCAAUGCCAUUUCCUUCCAUAGCGUCCACAACACAUUUGCCACAGGUGGCUCGGACGGCUUUGUGAACAUCUGGGACCCAUUCAAUAAGAAGCGCUUGUGCCAGUUCCACCGCUAUCCCACGAGCAUUGCUUCACUAGCUUUCAGCACUGAUGGCUCCCUACUGGCCAUUGCCUCCUCUUACAUGCAUGAGCAGGGUGACAUCACACACCCCGCUGACGCAAUCUACAUUCGCCAGGUCACCGAUGCAGAGACUAAACCCAAGUCAACCUAAGGCUGUUUUCAGGAAUGUGACCUCCUGAGGUUUUCACUGGCAUCCAGUUGCUCAUAAAUACUUUUUAGCCCUCCUUCCUUUCCCUGUCUUGUCCUUUUCUUUAUACUUUUCUAUAUGUAGUUCCCUUGUCAUUAGCAAAGUUGCCAACUUUUAGUCCGACAUGUAUCCUUUUCCACUUUCCACAUCCCCUAUGUAAUUCUGUCUUUAAAAUAUUUUCAGAAGUGUCAUUUUCUUCUAAUGAAAGAAUAAAGUCACCAUUCUUAAA